UCCCGCCUGUCCCUCUGAGCCAAGGGGAACUCCCCAAAACGCACCUCGGACGUUGGGGCUCCUGUACUGUCCAUGGGAUCAGCAUGCAUUGUGGGUUGCUGCAGGAACCUGACAUGGAUUCCACAGAGAGUUGGAUUGAAAGAUGCCUCAGUGAAAGUGAAAACAAACGUUAUUCCAGCCACACAUCUCUGGCAAAUGUUUCUAAUGAUGAAAAUGAGGAGAAAGAGAAUAAUAGAGCAUCCAAACCGCACUCUACCCCAGCAACUCUGCAAUGGCUGGAGGAGAAUUACGAGAUUGCCGAAGGUGUCUGCAUCCCUCGAAGCGCUCUCUACAUGCACUAUUUGGAUUUCUGUGAGAAAAAUGAUACCCAGCCUGUUAAUGCUGCUAGUUUUGGAAAGAUAAUAAGACAACAGUUUCCACAGUUAACGACACGAAGAUUAGGAACCAGAGGCCAAUCAAAGUACCAUUACUAUGGCAUUGCAGUGAAAGAAAGCUCCCAGUAUUAUGACGUGAUGUAUUCUAAGAAAGGAGCAGCCUGGGUCAAUGAAACAGGAAAAAAAGAAGUAAUCAAACAGACAGUGGCAUAUUCACCACGAUCCAAACUUGGGACGUUGCUGCCAGAAUUUCCAAAUGUCAAAGAUCUAAAUCUGCCAGCCAGCUUGCCAGAAGAGAAGGUAUCUACUUUUAUAAUGAUGUACAGAACACACUGUCAAAGGAUACUUGAUACUGUAAUAAGAGCCAACUUUGAUGAGGUUCAAAGUUUUCUUCUGCACUUUUGGCAAGGGAUGCCACCUCAUAUGCUUCCUGUACUGGGUUCUUCCACUGUAGUAAAUAUAGUUGGAGUUUGCGAUUCAAUAUUGUAUAAAGCUAUUUCUGGAGUUUUGAUGCCAACAGUCUUGCAAGCAUUACCUGAUAGCUUAACACAGGUGAUCCGCAAGUUUGCCAAACAGCUGGAUGAAUGGCUAAAGGUAGCUCUUCAUGACUUGCCUGAAAACCUACGAAAUAUCAAGUUUGAAUUAUCCAGAAGAUUUUCUCAGAUUCUUCGGAGGCAGACUUCAUUAAACCAUCUAUGCCAGGCAUCAAGAACUGUGAUCCACAGUGCAGAUAUUACAUUCCAAAUGCUGGAAGACUGGAGGAAUGUGGAUCUUAAUAGUAUCACUAAACAAACACUAUACACCAUGGAAGAUUCACAAGAGGAGCACAGGAAACUUAUAAUACAAUUAUAUCAGGAAUUUGAUCACCUUUUGGAAGAGCAGUCACCCAUUGAAUCAUACAUCGAAUGGCUGGAUUCCAUGGUGGAUAGAUGUGUUGUGAAGGUAGCUGCAAAAAGGCCAGGUUACUUGAAGAAAGUGGCUCCGCAGUUCCUCUUGAUGUGGUCCUGUUUUGGCACAAGAGUAAUUCGGGAUAUGACUUUGCAUAGUGCACCUAGCUUCGGAUCUUUUCACCUUAUUCACCUGAUGUUUGAUGACUAUGUGUUGUACUUGUUAGAAUCACUCCACUGCCAGGAGAGAGCCAAUGAAUUGAUGAGGGCAAUGAAAGGUGGCACUGGCAUAGUUGAAGUACAAGAAGAGAUCACAGUGGCAGAACCUGUCCCAUCGAGUCCCUCCCCUGUUGCUUUUUCUCCAGCGAAAUCUGCCACCUCAGUGGAUGUUCCAUCCGUUUCCUCUCCUAUAACCAGCCAGUCCCCAGAGUAUGCUGGCUUAGCAACUUCCACAGGGGCCAUGCAGUCCUAUACAUGGUCUCUCACCUACACUGUAACUACAGCUGCUGGAUCACCUGCUGAAAACUCUCAACAGCUGCCUUGCAUGAGAAGUCCUCAUGUUCCUCAUUCAUCUGUGACACACAGGAUACCUGUUUAUCACCACAGGGAAGAGCAUGGGUACACAGGAAGUUACAACUAUGGUACUUAUGGAAACCAGCAUUCCCACCCAAUGCAGAGCCAGUAUCCAACUUUACCACACGACAGCACUAUUUCUGCACCCCUCCAUUACUCAGCUUAUCACCGAAACUCUUCACAGUACCCUUUCAAUAGCCCGUCUUCACGGAUGGAACCCUGCUUGAUGAGCAGCACCCCAAGACUGCAUCCCUCUCCAGUUACACCUCGCUGGCCAGAGGUGCCCUCGGCAAACCCUUGCUAUACAAGUCCAUCCAUGCAUUCCACAAGAUAUGGAAAUUCCAGUGACAUGUACACCCCAUUAACCACACGGAGAAAUUCUGAAUAUGAGCACAUGCAACACUUUCCUGGCUUUGCCUACAUCAAUGGAGAAGCAACCACAGGAUGGGCAAAAUAAACAUGACUGGUAAUACCAAUCCUACAUAUUUAAUAAAAAUCAGACAAAAAAGUCUAUGCCUGUUAGUAGAAUAACAGAAGUCUUAUCUGGACAUUGGUAAUGACUAUGAAGAUGGGAAAUCUCCUCGGCACAUGACUAUAAACAUGGCAUUCUCUAGGCCAGUGCAAUGGUUCCUCCAAGCAAGCAAGGUUUUACUGCUGCUAUUAGCAUUAUGUAGGCCAAGAUGUGCCUUUUAUUGUGUUUUUCUCCACAUGCUAGAAUCUGCCCUAAGUUAGUUGUCACCUCAGUCAUCACUGAAUGUUCUCCAUCUGCUUUGCUUGUUCAUAAACCUACAAUUGCAGUAGACCUUAUCUGCAUCAGGGAAGCCUAUAUUCCUCAGAACACCAUGGAGGCAUAAUGGACUUUAAAAUCAUCCAGUCUGAUCAUCAAAAAAAUACAAAUCUUGAUUUAAUAACCUACAUUACACUAAGUUACCAUAAAAAGAAUCCUCUCGUUUUCCUGUCUUGAGUCCUUUUUUUGUUGUUGUUGUUGUUAAAACUGUGUGGAGCUAGCUUCUUAAAAUCCUCUUUCAAAUGCAGCCAUUAAUAUGGUUAAAAAAUGUCUAGACCCUUAAGCUAGAUAUGGUAGAUCUUACAGUGAGGAGGGCAUGUUUUCCUUUUCAGUGCAUGGCUUACCAUUUUAUCAUUAUCAACCUAUACAGUUUAACAACUAGAAGUGUUGACUGAGAAGCACCCAGUUUGCCUAUGGGCCAGAAAUACGCCUAUGGUUAAAAUGAGAUUGCUUCCAUUUCUUCUAUUAAAAAAAUAGAUAAGAUUUUAAAGUGCACCGCAGGCAGGCAAGAGAAGGGUAUCAGUGCUUUCCUCCCUAAGUAAAUACUUAUUUACCAUUUCAUAUGCUUGUUCCAUAUGCUUAUUUUAACUUCUCAGUGGAAUGUAGGCAGUCCCCAUUGAGAAAAGCAGAUUGGGAGGGAGCACAAUCAAAGAAAAUGGAAAAUAAUUCCUUCCUGUCCAUACUGCUCUUCUUAGUUGCUCCUGCACCAUCGAAGUAUCACAUGUCAUGCAAGUAAUGGCAUUGUGCAACACAACCUGUAAUGCAGUGAUUAUAAUACUGCCUUACUUAUCUGAGAUUUGAAAAGAUGUCUGAUGUGCAGUGUUUGAUCAACAUCCAUAUUUUCUCACUGAGACUUUGUAAGUGAUGUUUAAGGAAAACAUACUGGAAUGAACAAAUUUUUACUAAAGGAAAAUGAAAUAAGGUUUUUGCCUCUCCUUAAAAAUUUUCACUUGCUUUUUCUAGAGUUAUUACUGUUGUCCUCAGUUUCUAAUGAUAUUUGAGGCUUUUUAAAGCAGCACAUUAGUUGUGUUUUGGUGAAUUUCAGUUGUACCUUUAUAUCAUGGUGCACUUUCCUAUUGAUCAAAUAAGUGUUACCUUGAAAAAAGAUAUGUAGCAUUGAAUGAUCACUGCCUUAAAUUGCUGUGUUUUGUACUAUGUUAUCAGUAUUUACAUUACUCUAUGGUUAUUAAAGGUAACUCACCCUUAAUUACAAGAGAUGCUGCCACAUUUCCACAGAACAUUACUGUGUGUGUGAAAGAGAAGGAGUAUAUUGUAAAGACCAGGUAGGAAAAAACAUACUCUCCUACUGAGCAGAUCUCAUGUGGAUGUGUAACGUCAGCCUUGGUGAAAUCCUUCCUUCCUUCCAUAACUUCACAUUGCUUUCCAUCUGAUCCCAGGCACAACUCUAGGCCUUCUUUCCCCUGAAGUUACUCGUAAACCAAUCUGGUGAUCUAGGGCAAUGGUAUACUACCUGGGGAAUUCUGGGAGUUAAAGUCCAUACAUGUUAAGAGUUGCCAAGAUUAAAAAACACUGAUCCAAAGCAUAGCUAGUAGUUGGGUAGUCCAUUGGGAUGUGUGGAAGAGCCCUAAAUAUAUCUCUUGAUGUUGGAUAUUAAAACUAUGGCAAUUAGCAGAAAAGCAUCCAAGAAGAGGGCUAUUUGGGCUCCUAUGGGACAACCGCUAUGGAAAGAACCUUACGAGAGCAAAAAGAAAGUGAGUGUUAUGUGUGAGACUUACCAUAAAAGAUGAUAACCAAUUUAUAAAGCCUGGUCCUGAUUCCUUUGCUAAGACAAUUCCUUACAUUUAUACAAAUUUCAAAGUUGUGCCUUUUUAAACCUAUUCUGUGUUAUGUAAGUAAGAAGAAAUUGUAUUUUUGAGUCUUAUUUUUCAUUGGUAUUUUUGGUGAAAUUCAUAGUACUUUGUGAAUUUUUUUGUAGAAGAACUAUUAACAUAGGGUGUUAUGCUUCUGUAUUAUAUAAAAAGCACCUAGUAAUUAUGGUGGACUUAUUACCCUAUGGGUAAGAUAUUACAAGAAAAUCUGGCAUCAGGCAUUUUAAUGUUUUGUAAAUAAAAUAUUUGAUAGCACUCAACUGUGGUGAUAACUGUUUAUGGUUAAAAUGGAAUUAUGUUAUUUGUACAG